AUGGCUACGUUUGGAGCCAAAUGUGACUUGGACGCCAAUCUAUCUUUUCGAACUGUUCAACAUCUUCGGGGAUCAUCAACGGGUGGUGAAGCUGGAUUCCAUCACUCAUUUGGGCCCGGUACCAAAACUGUGGUGCUCGGAGGCAGGCCUGCGAUGGCACCCACACCAAUUGUUGGCGCGGCGUCGAAUGAAUUAAGCGAGCUGGCUGCUGGGGGUAGCGGCGCUAAUGGCACAUGGAUUAUCACUGCAUCGUUGUCAAAAUCUGAGAAGCCUGCCUCGUCCUCUGCUGCAUCAAAACUUCACCGCACGUUCAACCAGCAUUGUAAUCAGGUCAAGGAAAUCAACCUCGUCGUCCGCUUUGAGAUCUUGAUUGUUAAAAUGACCUUGCUCCCAGGCAUCUCCGGCUUGCAGUUUUGCAGAAUUUUGAGUAACACUGGGCAGUACCAAACUUUUGGUGAUUUGUCUCUCUCCGACCCCCCUUCUUUCCUUCUUUAG